AUGGACAGUUCCUUGUACAAAGACAUUCAAACAUCCAGGGGGUUCAGCUACCAUUACCUCGCUAUCGCCCCACAAGGAGACAAACCGUACUUGCUCUUCAUUCACGGAUUUCCAUCUACGUCGUACGAUUGGCGACAUCAAAUCGCCUACUUCAGCGAACUUGGAUAUGGGUUAAUCGUGCCCGACAUGUUGGGUUAUGGUGGCACCGCAAAGCCCACGGAGGUCGAGGCGUACACGAACUCUCGCACCGCCAAGGAUCUCAUAGACAUCCUUGACGUAGAGGGUAUCACCAAAUGCAUUGCAAUAGGUCAUGACUGGGGAAGUAGGGUUGCAUCAAGAUUGGCCGACCUGUACGAAGAUCGAUUCAUCGCAUUCGCAUUCUUGGCACUGGGAUAUAUAGCUCCCUGCCCAAAUUUUGAUAUGGAUGAAGUCCUUGCGCUCACCAAGAAGCUCGCAGGAUAUGAGCUCCUGGGGUAUUGGAAGUUCUUCGGCGCCCCUGAUGGGGCAGAAAUCAUCGAGAAGAAUCUUCGAUCGUUCUACAGUGCUCUUUAUCCUGACGACCCCGAAGUUUGGAGGAAACACUUCGCUCCGUUGGGCGCUUUUCGUGCCUGGGUGGAGUCCGGACAGACCACCGCUAUUGGCUCAUGGCUCAGUAACGAGGAUCAAAAGAUUCAGAAUGAGGCUCUGCUCAAAGGCGGUAUGGCAGGGCCUCUGAGCUGGUACAAAGUGUGGACAAGUGGCCUCACCGCCGAGGAAGAUAAGGGUAUUCCGAUUCGCUCUCCAGCUAUUUCGAAGCCCACGUUUUUUGCUGCUACGACCCACGAUUUCAUCUGCGUGGUCAAGCCCCAAAUCAAUCUCAUGACGAAAGCAUGUGCUAACUUGAAGAUCCACGAGUUCGAAGCGGGACACUGGGUCAUGAUGGAGAAGAAAGAUGAGUUCAAUAUAGUGUUCAGUAGUUGGUUGCAAGAUUUAGCUAGGAAGCACUAG